UUUCUGCCACUUUAUUUUGAGAGUAUUAGGGAUGUAGUGAGUUGGAGAUGAAAGUAAACUGUAUAAUCUCUGCAUAUUGAAAACAUGCCCUUCUUAGUUCUUCUCCUUGACAAAUAAAAUCUGUCUGGAAAUCUUUAGGAUUCCUUGUAUGAUUCGUAUAUAUGCAUACAUGAUUGUUCUUAAAAGAAAAAAAAAAAAAAAAAGGGAAUCCUUUACCCAUUCUUUAAAAUAGCUUCUAGAGCGUUUUUGCUUUGCCCAAAAGGGUUAAUUGACUACAGAGAAUGAGGAGGAGUGGUACCAGUAACUGGGUAUUUCUGCUCUGAGACAUCCCCAAACUUUUUAACUCUCUAGCUAUUAAAUGCUCUGCUAGAAAUUUAACACGGAUUUGUAAAGAUUACGUAAAAACGGACUAUACAUUUAGUUCAUGCAAGUCUUAGAAUUCCUAGAGACUGCAAACUUCUUAGAACUGAAAGAUCUGCAAUUAAGCCAGUUCAAGAAAGGAGUGAAACUUUACUUCUGAAAUGCUGUGGAUUUAAUCAUCAUUGAAAAUGCUUUUCCAUCCUGCACUCUAACUUUGAUUCUGAUCCUUUUGCACUGUGAGGUAGUCACAGAGAUUUUUCACUGUUGGAAAAAGAAAAGAAAACCUACCCACGAACAUCUGGUUAAAAUUAGGUCAGUUUCCGGUCUAUGGAGGGAGGGGGUAUGAGCAAGGAAGAAGAAAUGCAUAAGGAGAGUGAGGAGACAGUAAACAUCUCAUUGUUAAAUAAGGAAAUGCUAUCAACUUUUCCCUUGUCCCCUCCUGACAAGAUCUGGAAAACUCAGAAUUAAGGCAAGUAAGUAAUGAAUGCCUUGAAGAAAUGAUUAGGAAGCAAAAUGUAGCUGGAAGUCUCUCCUAUGUGUAUUCUCCAACCCAUUCUCACUUUGCACUUAAUUUGUCCAUCUUCAAACUUGUAGAGGACAAUGAAGAAAACAAAUGCUGAACCCACUCGUCCAAUUUCCACUCCAUUUCUGAUUGUACAAGUGUGCAUGUGAAUGUUGGUUGAAUCUCCCUAUGUCAGAAUACUUAGAACUUACGUACCAGCACCUGAUGGAAACCUAGCCUCUUCUUGUCAUUGUUCUAUUAUAUAAAGAUCACUCUCAGUUCCUUGCUGACCUCCCUUAUAGAGCCAAGUUUCCCUGUGCCACAUGGUUCCAAGGAAGGGGUUCUAUCUUUGGGUUCAUGAAUCCCCUAGGAUUGUUGUGUGUGCAUGCAUUUUUCUGGUGAGAGAAAUGAUUAGCGCCUCAAAGGAGUCAUCUAUGACUUCUAGAAGGUUAAGCCACCUGGUGGAAAUAUGGCUCUAGCUAUUUUCCACACUCCAAGCCAGGCUGUGAACUUAUGCCAAAUGGAAGUGUCUCCCCUAAUUAUUCCCUUCCCCAGGAUGUGGGGGCUCAAGCUUCUGCUGUUACCCAUGGUGAGCUUUGCUCUGUAUCCUGAGGAGAUACUGGACACCCAAUGGGAGCUAUGGAAGAAGACCUACAGGAAACAGUAUAAUGGCAAGGUGGAUGAAAUCUCUCGGCGUUUAAUUUGGGAAAAAAACCUAAAGUAUAUUUCCAUCCAUAAUCUUGAGGCCUCUCUUGGUGUCCAUACAUAUGAAUUGGCCAUGAACCACUUGGGGGAUAUGACCAGUGAAGAAGUGGUUCAGAAGAUGACUGGACUCAAAGUACCCCCAUUUCAUUCUCAAAGUAAUGACACCCUUUACAUCCCAGACUGGGAAGGCAGAGCCCCAGACUCCAUUGACUAUCGAAAGAAAGGUUAUGUCACUCCUGUGAAAAAUCAGGGUCAGUGUGGUUCCUGUUGGGCUUUUAGCUCUGUGGGUGCCCUGGAGGGUCAACUCAAGAAGAAAACUGGCAGACUCUUAAAUCUGAGUCCCCAGAAUCUGGUGGAUUGUGUGUCUGAGAAUGAUGGCUGUGGAGGGGGCUACAUGACCAAUGCCUUCCAAUACGUGCAGAAGAACCACGGUAUUGACUCUGAAGAUGCCUACCCAUAUGUGGGACAGGAGGAAAACUGUAUGUACAACCCAACAGGCAAGGCAGCUAAAUGCAAAGGGUACAGAGAGAUCCCUGCAGGGAAUGAGAAAGCUCUGAAGAGAGCAGUGGCCCGAGUGGGACCUAUUUCUGUGGCCAUUGAUGCAAGCCUGACCUCCUUCCAAUUUUACAGCAAAGGUGUGUAUUAUGAUGAAAGCUGCAAUAGUGAUAAUCUGAACCAUGCAGUUUUGGCAGUGGGAUACGGGAUCCAGAAGGGAAAGAAGCACUGGAUAAUUAAAAACAGCUGGGGAGAGAACUGGGGAAACAAAGGCUACAUUCUCAUGGCUCGGAAUAAGAACAACGCCUGUGGUAUUGCCAACCUGGCCAGCUUCCCCAAGAUGUGAUUCCCACCAUACAGUCUCAUCCUUUUCUUCCAUUCCUUCUAUGAUGGUGCAAUAUAAUGAUGUAUUUUGGAAGGGAGUAGGUGGACCGCUUGAAGCAGAUGUGGUGACCCUGAGAUUGUCUGUUUAAUUAUUCUACUCAGUGACAACCCUACUACUUUCUUUCUCUAUAUGCAAGGCCAUUUUAUUUGGGCCACAGGAGGAAUUUCCUUGGAGGAAUGUACAUAGGUGAGAUGUGAUCACAGCCUGCCUUGACUGUGUUGUCUAGAGCUGAUGCUGUACUGAUAGAGGCUGGUGAUCUUUGGGUAGGCUAGAUUCUCAUUCACUGGGACUAGUUAGCUUUAACCACCAUAGGGGACUAAGGUGAUCUGACUUCUCAGUUCCCAAGUUCUUUUAUAUCCUCAAGGUAGAAAUUUCUGUGUUUUCCACUCCAAUUCACAAGUCUUUGGUAUAAGUUUACAUGAUAUAAAAAGUAUGUUUUCUUUUUCCUUCCUUGUAUUUUUGGAAUAAAGUAUUUAUCUCUUGCCUACAAUUUAAUAAACAGAAUUUAGAACACA